CUCUCUCUCUCUCUCUCUCUCUCUCUCUCUCUCUCUCUCUCUCUCUCACCCGUACACUAACUAGACUACAACCUGCUUCAGACGACGCCCCACAGCCCAUGAGAUCUCCACCGUGCGGACGCGCAGCAGAGCGAAGUCCGUCUAGCGUCGUUGCCGCUCGAGAGGAAACCAUUGGGGUCUUAUUAUUGCCGGGCUGUGCGCGCAGGCUGCCCGCGGCAUCACCUCAGCAAUAACAAGAGGGGUGCCAAGCCAGGAGAAGAAGAACAGGAGGAGGAGGAGGAAGAGGAGGAGAGGAAAGGGUGUUAGAGUAUCCCGAAUUAACGCUCAGAAAUAAACAAGAAGACACCCUGUUUGGAAGAUCUCUGCGGCGGGAAAGCGAAAGGCAACUGAGAUGGCUGAGGUGUCACAAGAGGAGAGACUCCAGGCCAUCGCUGAGAAAAGGAAGAAGCAGACAGAGAUUGAAAACAAGAGGAGGCAGCUGGAUGAUGACCGACGGCAACUCCAGCAUCUCAAGUCGAAGGCACUGAGGGAGCGCUGGUUGUUAGAUGGAGCUCCAGCAGAGGAGGAGACUCAGAAGCGUCUGCAGGAGGAUGAAGUGAAGACCAAACUCCUGGAGCAAGUUAUCCUCAGGCUGGAGCAAGAGAUUGAAGAACUAGAGACAGGGGAGCCAGCCAAUAAGGGUGUGGCCAAAGAAAAUGGGGGUGAGAAUGGAGUAGUGCAGACCUCUGGUCAGACCCCCAAGAGAGAGGUGACAGGGAUUGAAGCCAAGCUCUUGGGUCCCAGUCCUGACCAAGCUAGUGCAGACAACCCCGUCACCCUGGUGUUCAUGGGCUACAAGACCGUCGAGGAGGAGCAGGAGACCCGCACGUCUCUUGGAAUGGAAGGGGUGGACGGCAACGUUAAGGCUGAGUUUGUUGUGAUCGAGGAUGGGGAGGGGAAAGCGGGAGGAGAGGCAGCCACAGAAGAGCCGGCUCCACCCAACGGGAGCAUGGCAGAGAAAGAAAAGGCCAAUGGGGGCGGGGAGGAAGGAGAAAAAGAAAAGGAGAAGAAACAGACCUGCAAAUGCUGCACGGUCAUGUGAGCUGCGUGUGUGUGUGUGUGCUUGUUUGUGUGUGUGUGGGCAUGUGUGUGUGUGGGUGAGAACACACAUGCACCUGUGCAGGCAUGUGUGCCAUUGCAUGUGUCUGUAUUUGCAGAUGUGUGUACCUUUGUGUCUGUGUGGGAGAAUGUGUGUCUGUGUCAGGACUGGAGAAAACAAAAACCGAAGUACAAUUACACAGCCAAUAUACCAACAAUGAGAGCCAAUACAAGCUCCAGCUACAACAAGAACCACAAAGACUCAUAAGUACACUUUACUCUGUAUACUUUCUCUGAUAUGUAUUUGACUUUUGAUUUCUAUUGAUAUUUUUCUAUUUUUCUGUCUUGACAUUUAUAUUGUAUUCAGUAUGUAUAUCUUUAUUAUGGGACUGUGUACUGUAAGUUCAUUGUUAUUAUUGUUGGAAAAAAAAAGAAAAUGUAUUAGCUCUCUGGAUUGUACUGCAACCCACUGGGGGAAAUCUGGAAACUUAAAAUCAUUGUACUUAAGUCAAAACAGCAAACUAUGAAGGACACAGAUACUUAAAUAUAUAUAUUUCUCUGUGUAGGCCUAUCAACUAUUUAUCGGUCAAUUUCAUAUUGCAAUAUUGUCUAAGAUAUUAUUUUAAAUAGUAUUUUAAUAUAUUGAUAUGGAAUUAUGUUUUAUACAAUGUAUUUAUUGUUUUUGGUUCUCUAUAUCAUCUCCAACCAUUAACUGCAUGUAAGCUUGUAAGCACUACCAGAUUUGCGUUACAAUCAUAACAAGUGUCUGUGCUUUCUUAGACUCAUAUGUGCUCAUAUCUUUAGUCACGCAGGUCUUUCUAUCAGUAAAUAUAAUUGGCAGUGUUAAAGGUAUGCAUUAUGUUUAAAAAGAAAUCAACAGCACGGAGACAAAAAGCCAAAUUAGAAUACUGACCAUAUUGCCUGACCACUGACCACAUUUGUUUCUCAUAGUUAUGGUAUGCAACACAUGUACAUGAAGAUCACAGCUUUUGCAUUUUUUUAAAUAAGGCAAAUAAUUUACUUUAUGGUCGAUAGAGUCAUGACAAAUCAUUGCGCAAUGAUUAGAAAUGCUUUUGUUCUCUCAACAGUAGAAUCAAUGUAAAUCUUAUGAGGUAGCACUGCAUGAAGCCUUGCAACUUUUUUGACUGUCUUGUCACUGUUAGAUCUUUAUAUAGGCUAUCACGUUCACAUGAAUGUAAACCCAGGGGUUAAAUUGGGAUCCGUUCUACCAUAAUGAGGAGAGUCGGGCUUGCUCAGCUCACCAUUAAAAAAAAAAAAAGAAAAGCUUUUUGUCUCUUUAUGAACCAAAUAAAAUCUGUUGAUACUGUAAUUUCACUGUGUGUUGGUCGGCUGCUGGUUUCUGUCCUGCUCGCUCCCAGUUUAACCCCUGACUCUUUGUCUGUAGACCUGGGCCCAAUAGUACUUGAAUAGAUGAACAGAAUAAGAAAAUUAUUUGGGGGCAUUUGAAAAGACUUUUCUCACAAAUUAUACUCUCCGAGGAUCUGAAAUCUUUUCAGCCUAAGCCUUUUUAGUGAUUAUUGCAUUGGUAAAGUUAGGAAUCAUGUGAAACUAGUGUAACCAGGUUGCUAGCAAGACAAACCAUGCAUAUAUCCUAUAGCAAUUCAAAGCCUUGAAAGCCUAUUGAACUACAUUUUGGCCCUUGUCUCCUUAUGUAUUUGGCAAACAGGAGAGGCUGUAGAUAGUCUGGGUCAGUGAUUUUAAGCCACCAAUGUUUCUGCUCUCUCCCAGGUUCAUCCAUGUCUCUCAUUCACCUACACACCACUAUCACCAUCAUCUCAUUAUCACACUGUUUCAUCCACAUUGUCAAAACCACAGCUCCACCUUCUAUGCUCGGAGACACACAGUUUAAAAACCUCUGAAGUUUGGUGCUAAUCCUGAGUCUCAUCUAACUCUCCAUCAACCAACUAUUGUUUAACUCGUUCUCACUCAAAUCGCUGGUGAAGGGGGGGGAUUGUGAGAACCUACUGCCUCCUGCAUACACAUAUUGUUGAAUAAGAGAGUCUUUUGCAACCUUCAGUGCCAGAUGCAUUUUCUCUCAAGUCCUGCCUACAUUUACCACCAGAGAAAUGAUCCCUUCUAACAUUCCAAGGGAGGCCAACAAGAGGUGUGGACGGAUGAAAUAUAGUCUAUGCUUUCCAUAUGUACAGUACAGUUCCACUCUAAUUGUACAACUUUGUUUCUUAUAUUGACUCUCAUGUUUUUUUCUUUCCUAUGGCCUCUUUGCAAGGCAGUAUAUUGUAUUUGAUGUGUGUAUUUUUAAGAAAAAAAAAAAAAGAUGACUACAUCUGUGUAUUGUUGGUGCCUUUGUCAGGUUCAGUUGGUUGGACUUGUCUGUCUGCCGCCAUUUUAGAAGGUUUUUCUUGCUCUGCUCCUGGUCAAGACGACCCACUGGAAACACUGCCUUCUUCUCUGGAGGGUCACUUCACAUAUAUGGUAGAAUAUAAUCAUUUUUCACACAAACUAUAAAUAAAGACAAUAGGUAAUAUGCAGACUACUGUUGGUGUCUUGAAAAAACUCUGUAUCCAGUAGUUCACUCUUUUAAAAUUGAUUGAUUUAACUGUGACUGGACGAAUACUUUUUUUAUUCAACACAUAUAACAAAAUCUUUUUUUUCCGUAACUCCUUUCAACAUUUUGGUGAUACAAAGUUUAUGCAGGAGACCAACUGACAGUCUAUGUAUGUAUAGUAUAUACACAAGUUCCUAUGUGCAUAUCUAUACAUACAGUAUGUAUACAUAGAAAUACAUGUACACUUGGUGAGAUAAAGCUUUGCUUAAUAGUGCAUCUCGGGACAGCAGCAGAAAAAGCAACCUUGUGUUAGACCAAUGCCUGUUCAUCUAUUCUGUGGUCGUCUAAAUGUUUAAUCUUGAAUAAAACUACUGUUUGUUUACAGCAAGUCAAAUAAGUGUGUAU